AUGGAAGAUCUGGUGCCUUAUCAAUACGAACUAUUAGAAAAUUUAAGGAAUGCAGAAAAGAAUUUUAAAAAGACGCCAAAGGACAGAAUUAAAAGAGCGUACUUGGAAACGAGAUUAGAGUUGCUAGAAGAGUUUUGGAAGAACUUUAAAGACGGACACAAAGGUAUUAUUGUGAGUUUGACUAAAGAUGAAGAGAGAAAAAAUCCGUAUUUUAAAGAAAAGAUAUACGAUGUAUUUCAAGAAACGUAUAUACAAUAUAAGGCAGCCAUCAAGGAAGCUCUUCAGCCAUUGCUGGAAGCAACGAUACCGGUUCCAAUGCUUAGUACUGCUGAAGGUCAAAGGUCGUCAGAAAGCAACGAAAUCAAAUUGCCAAAAAUUAAAAUACCCACAUUCAGCGGCAAAUAUGAGGAAUGGCAGACAUUUUUUGACCUGUUUUUUUCCUUAAUACACAGAAAUACAAAACUGUCACCAGUAGAGAAAUUGCAUUAUUUGAAGAGCAAUUUAUCGGGAGAACCAGAAGUAAUUUUGCGUAACUACACAACUACAGAUGCGAACUAUGAUGACGCGUGGAUCGAAUUAGUGAAACGUUAUAAUAACAAGAGGUUCAAUUGCAAUGCAAUUUUGAGAGUUCUUUUUUCACAAAAAUAUGUACAUACUGAGUCAGCAAGUUCGAUCAAACACUUGGUAGAUACGACGUCAACGUGCUUAAAGUCAUUGAAAAACUUAGGAGCCGAGUGUGGCAAAUGGGACUUGAUGAUCAAUUAUCUUGUUGUGUCCAAACUGGAUCCAGAAACUAUGAAGCAGUGGGAACAGCGACUUAGCGCAACUAAUUGCGACAUGCCCACUUGGCAAGAUUUGAGAGAUUUCCUAGAAUCAAGGUUCAGAUCGCUGGAAAUGAUCGAGAGUAACAAGGCAAAAUCAUCGCAAUCGAAACCAGCUGUUAAACCUAAGGCUUUUCAUGCAAAUGUAAACAAGGAUGGAAAAGAACGCGAAAUCAAGUGUGCGUUAUGUAACAGCGAGCACUAUAUCUACCAUUGCAAGAAAUUCGCCGACAUGUCUACCAAGGAAAGACAGGAGUACGUUCAAAAGAACAAACUGUGUUUCAACUGCCUUGCGUCAUCACACUCGGUGUGCAAAUGCCGUCAGUCAGCGUGUUGCAAGAGGUGUGGACGGCGUCACCACUCCCUUCUUUACUUCGAGCGAGACCAAAAUACGGAGAAAUCUAAGGGAGGAGAAAACACUGCUACAGGUACCGUUAGUGAGGAGUCCACAGUGAAAGAGGACGAGCUAUUACGUAAAUUUUGGGAGAUAGAAAAGGAACCUAACAGCAUACACAGGAAGUUUUCUAAGGAGGAAGAAAGAUGCGAAGAAUUUUAUGAAGCCACAACUGUCAGAGAUAAAAUUGGACGAUUCGUGAGAUUGAUAACUCUAAAGCUGUCUAUCUUCCUCACCAUGCCGUCGUUCGAGAGGACAAGAGUACCACAAAGGUUCGUGUAG